UUCUUUGGAUCCACAAUCAGCUGAUCACUGCCCAGUGUGUGUGAGUGUGUGCAGCAGGCAUGGCUACAGAGUUUGUGCAAUCCUUGCUCCUCCCUGCCUCCAGUCAUCCGGUUUGGGUGGCAGUUGUCACUGUCUUAUCGCUCUUCAUUUUGAGAAGUCUUCUGAAAAAGUUACUGAAACAGAAGAUAACGAACUUUCCAAGAAAGUUCCCAGAGGAUAGAGAAAAGAAGACCAAGGCCUUCUAUGAUGUAGCAGUGGUGGGUGCAGGGCCAGCAGGGUCAACCCUGGGCUACUACCUGGCCAAGGCUGGCCGCAACUGCCUCCUGUUGGAGAAGAAGAAGUUCCCGCGGGACAAGUACUGUGGAGACGCCGUGUGUAAGACUGCCAUCGAGAUUCUCAUGGACAUGGGAAUCUACGAGAAGCUGAUCAAGGAGAACAAGGCCCGCGUGGCUGAUGCAGGAGGCCUGUGCAGCCCCGGGGGUCUCAGCUACAUUGGUCGCAGCAAGGAGAUACUUGGAGAAAUCCCAGCAGCCCUUGCCUGCAAGAGAUGGUGGCUUGACGAAGCCAUUGCCAUGGCAGCAAAAAGGGCUGGUGCAAACUUGCAGGAGAACAGUGGAGUAAAAGAUGCAGUGUUCGAUGCCAAAUCCGGGCUGUGGACAGUCUACCUAGAGGACAGCGACAAGACUUACAAAGCCAGAAUCCUUGUGUGUGCUGAUGGUGCACCCUCUAAACUCGCCACAAAACUUGGCAUCGUGAAACGCCCCCCUGACGGAUCGUGCUCUCGCGCCUACGUGGAGAGCGGCACCCACAAGUUCAAGGCAGAUGGUUGUAUAUUCUACCAUAAAGACAUGUUACCUGGUUACUCUGCACUUUUCCGUCACCCAAACAAUGAACUGAACUACUGUGUGUACCUCAUUCCUGGCAACCCCAAGGUCACCAACGAUGAUCUACCCUAUUGGCACGACUUUCUGAUGAAACAAGACCCAAACAUCAGCAAGUCUCUGGGUCCUGGGGCCAAGCUAGAGAGGAUGAAGGCUGCCAGCCUGCGGCUUGGUGGGGAGCCUGUCAGUCACAGGGACCAUGUGUUGGUGGUCGGAGAUGCUGCCGGAAUGAUCGAUCCCAUGACAGGUGAGGGCAUCCACCAUGCAAUGGAAGCUGGCAAGAUGGCUGCCAAGUUUAUUGAUGAGGCAAUGUAUCAUGGGAACUAUGACAAAGAUGUGAUGAGGCUCUACCAUGAUGCCUGGAUGGACAAGUUUGGAUCAGACUUCAAGUGGUCCUUUGCAAUCUGCCAGCUCCUGUACCGAUUCCCGAUCCUGCUGGACGCCGCCACCGCCGCCAUCGCUCGCAAGGGAGACAAGUUCCUGGCGGCCUGGGCGGACAUCAUGACGGGGCGCGUACCCAAGAUUCACCUACUGCGUCCCGAGUUUGUUAUCGUUAUAACGUUUGAGCUGGUCAGUCUGAUCGUCAGACGUGCUCUCGGCAUCGAAAAGAAGAGGGAGAAAAAACUAGAAUAGUACACUAUGAGUGAAACAUGUCUUUUGAUUGUUACCGGUAUUGUAAAUCAUGGCCACAGCCACUGAAUUCAAGACCAAUAUACAAUAAAAUAGUUUGAAAAACAGAACAGUUGUUUUUUUAAAUCAUGUAAAAAAUAAAUAGUACAUAUCGACUAACAGUACCUAUCGACUAACUUUAGCUAAUCCCAGUGACUAAUGUACACACGUAUUUAUUCCCUGAGCAAUUGACUUGAAAAACUCCUUGAGACAUCAGCUUGUUAUGGCAACACAAAAAUUUUCUACUUCAUACAACAGAAGACAACUUCCAAGUAGAUUUUUAGAUUGAUGUUUGAUAAAAAAUUAAAAACAUGUAAAGCCACCUCAUGGGAUUGUUUUGUAGAUUCGUCAUUUUACCUAAUGUUUGCUUUUGCUGACUACUAGUACCUUUUUACUUGGACAUUGUCAGGUCUAUAUUCUUUUGAAGUGUAAUACUAGAAGGAGAAAGACAAUCAAGUGAGUGAAGAUGUGCCUUCUUGAAGAGAUAAUCUUUCUUCCCAAGUGCUUUUAAGAUAAAUGGCAUGAUUUUUAAUAAAUGCUACCCGGUAUGUGGCUUAGUGCUCCAAAUACAAGUAUCAGGUAUGCCAAAGGGUGAAGUCACUGAAAAGUCAGGUUACCCACACGUCCUUUUGGUAUCUGUUUGCAUGUUCUAACUCCAGUAGGAACGUCCUGGCCUGUUCAGAGUCCAUGUCUCCCUGUUCCUGACAUAUGUCCGUCAGUGCCUGGUGCACAUCAUGUGCCAUGUGUCUGGCAUCGCCACACACGU